AUGUCAGCAUCUCCUUCGCUUCUACUCCCCAGGACCCCUGUAGCUUCCAAACCCGUUACUGUCCUUUCCCCUUCUCCCUGCCAACACCCUUCUCCCGCCUCUCCCCGGCUCUUUGCCUCUUCCCCUCCUGUCUCCAUGCCCGCUCUUAGGCAACCGUUUUUCUUCCUUUCCAUCCUCUUCCCCCGUUCCUCCCGCUUCCUUUCUAGUGUUACCCUUUUUCUCCUGGUUACCAUUUUUUCGCGAUUUUCGCGGAUACCCUCUUUCUCCUCCCAUUCCUGGCUCCCUUCCCUCUCCUCUGCGUCGUCACAGGCCAAGUCGAUGACCGUUCGUGCUGUCCGACGCGUCGACACGCGAGUAAGGGACGCCAGCGCGUUAAUGCUCUUUCGGCGAUGGCUGGAUGGUGACAUUGUCAAACUUAUACACUAUAUGACCCGCCCCUGCAGCAGCCGCCCCUGGAGCAGCCCGCGUCGCCGCCCCUGCAGCAGUGCGCCAGCCGCCCCUGCAGCAGCGCGUGUGCCGCCCCUGCGCCAGCGACCCGCCCCUGGAGCAGCCGCCCCUGGUGCAGCCGCCCCUGGCCCCUGCGACGCCGCCCCUGCAGCAGCCGCCCCUGGAGCCGCCCACCGCUGCAGCAGCCUCCCCUGGAGUCGCCCGCCUCUGCAGCAGCCGCCUCUGGAGCAGCCGCCACUGGAGCCGCCGCCCCUGGUGCAGCCGCCCCUGGCCCCUGGAGCAGCCGCCACUGCUGCAGCUGCCCCUGGACCUGCGCCGCCGCCCCUGGAGCAGCCGCCCCUGGUGCAGCCGCCCCUGUACCCGCGACGCCGCCCGUGGAGCAGCCGCCCCUGGUGCAGCCGCCCCUGGACCUGCGCCGCCGCCCCUGGAGCAACCGCACCAGCAGCAGCCGACCAUGCAGCUGCCCGCGACGCCGCUCCUGGACCCUGUGCAGUCGCGCUCAGUCUCACUCGUGCGCCCUACCCUACCUGCUCCGCGCUGUUGCUCUGCACGCGCGGUUGCCCGCGCCCUCGUGCGCUCUACCCUACCUGCUCCGCGCUGUUGCUCUGCACGCGCGGUUGCCCGCGCCCUCGUGCGCUCUACCCUACCUGCUCCGCGCUGUUGCUCUGCACGCGCGGUUGCCCGCGCCCUCGUGCGCUCUACCCUACCUGCUCCGCGCUGUUGCUCUGCACGCGCGGUUGCCCGCGCCCUCGUGCGCUCUACCCUACCUGCUCCGCGCUGUUGCUCUGCACGCGCGGUUGCCCGCGCCCUCGUGCGCCCUACCCUACCUGCUCCGCGCUGUUGCUCUGCACGCGCGGCUGCCCGCGCCCUCGUGCGCUCUACCCUACCUGCUCCGCGCUGUUGCUCUGCACGCGCGGUUGCCCGCGCCCUCGUGCGCCCUACCCUACCUGCUCCGCGCUGUUGCUCUGCACGCGCGGCUGCCCGCGCCCUCCCGCCCCUGCAGCAGCGCGUGUGCCGCCCCUGCGCCAGCGACCCGCCCCUGGAGCAGCCGCCCCUGGUGCAGCCGCCCCUGGCCCCUGCGACGCCGCCCCUGCAGCAGCCGCCCCUGGAGCCGCCCACCGCUGCAGCAGCCUCCCCUGGAGUCGCCCGCCUCUGCAGCAGCCGCCUCUGGAGCAGCCGCCACUGGAGCCGCCGCCCCUGGUGCAGCCGCCCCUGGCCCCUGGAGCAGCCGCCACUGCUGCAGCUGCCCCUGGACCUGCGCCGCCGCCCCUGGAGCAGCCGCCCCUGGUGCAGCCGCCCCUGUACCCGCGACGCCGCCCGUGGAGCAGCCGCCCCUGGUGCAGCCGCCCCUGGACCUGCGCCGCCGCCCCUGGAGCAACCGCACCAGCAGCAGCCGACCAUGCAGCUGCCCGCGACGCCGCUCCUGGACCCUGUGCAGUCGCGCUCAGUCUCACUCGUGCGCCCUACCCUACCUGCUCCGCGCUGUUGCUCUGCACGCGCGGUUGCCCGCGCCCUCGUGCGCUCUACCCUACCUGCUCCGCGCUGUUGCUCUGCACGCGCGGUUGCCCGCGCCCUCGUGCGCUCUACCCUACCUGCUCCGCGCUGUUGCUCUGCACGCGCGGUUGCCCGCGCCCUCGUGCGCUCUACCCUACCUGCUCCGCGCUGUUGCUCUGCACGCGCGGUUGCCCGCGCCCUCGUGCGCUCUACCCUACCUGCUCCGCGCUGUUGCUCUGCACGCGCGGUUGCCCGCGCCCUCGUGCGCCCUACCCUACCUGCUCCGCGCUGUUGCUCUGCACGCGCGGCUGCCCGCGCCCUCGUGCGCUCUACCCUACCUGCUCCGCGCUGUUGCUCUGCACGCGCGGUUGCCCGCGCCCUCGUGCGCCCUACCCUACCUGCUCCGCGCUGUUGCUCUGCACGCGCGGCUGCCCGCGCCCUCGCUACUAA